GAGAGUCACGGAGGAAUAAACCCCACACGCAUCGCGACGGUCGGUGGAACAUGAGAUCCGGACUCCUCCGGCGCAGCGGCUGUCCGUAACGUGGGGAGGAAUACCGCUGAGAAAUGAGGAGCUGAGGCCUGGGAGCAGUGGGAGUCUCCACGCUCCAGAAGGCAGUCCGGAGCCACCACCAGCUGCCCUUCAUUAGCUUUCGUAUCAAGGCCCUGUGCGUCUGUAGGGCUCCUCUGUUUGGAAACUGCUGGUGGGGCACUACCAUCAGGGAACCUGUGCGUCUUUCUGUCAGUAGAGCAGGGAACCUGUAUCUCUCUAUUGCAAGAGCAGGGAACCUGUGUGUCUCUCUGUCGGAAGGGCAGGGAACCUGUGCAUCUCUCUUUCAGAAGAGCAGAGAACCUGUGCGUCUCUCUUUUGGAAGAGCAGAGAACCUGUGCGUCUCUCUUUUGGAAGAGCGGAGAACUUGUGCGUCUCUCUUUUGGAAGAGCGGAGAACUUGUGCGUCUCUCUGUGGGAAGAGCAGGGGAGCCGGGAGUGUUGAUAAGGAAACCCACAGCAGGCGAUGGCUACGGGGGAGAUCACCACUCUCCCACCAGUGCCCGAGGAUGGGGCCAGUGCCACCUUCCCCCCGGGAAACUUCAAGGACCCCAAGAGACUGUACUGCAAAAACGGGGGAUACUUCCUCAGACUCACGGCCGAUGGACAUGUGGACGGCAUUCGCGAUAAGAACGACCCGCUUAUCAGGCUGCAGCUGCAGGCCACCUCCGUGGGAGAAGUGGUCAUCAAAGGAGUCUCAUCCAACCGCUAUCUCUCCAUGAACAAAGAUGGGAGGCUGCUCGGAGUGAGACGUGUGACAGACGAGUGCUAUUUCCUGGAGAGGCUGGAGGCCAACAAUUACAACACGUAUCGCUCACAGAAGUUUCCAGACUGGUACGUGGCACUGAAGCGGAACGGGCAGCACAAACUCGGGCCGAAGACCAGCCCGGGCCAGAAGGCCAUUCUCUUCCUCCCCAUGUCAGCUAAGAGCUGAUCCCGACCCAACCUGUUCCACUUUGGAAAUGUCCUGCUCUACAAACAUAAGGAUAACUAAGGAGUAGUGAAUACACUGUGUGGGCAGCCAGCACCCACUGCCCCCCAUAACCUUUCCCAAUCCCAUAAACUUUUCCGGAAUCAUCCAAACUUUCCGCUGUUUUUUUUUCACCGACAGAGCUUAGCAUUUGCCGACUGUUGUUGACCAAUUGUGUUGUGGU